AUGACCAGUAUCCUAAGAAAUGGAAAAAAGUUGCAAAUUCCAAGCAUACCUAAGCCCAAGAAAUCCAGUAACCAAAAGGAAUACACUCACGAUCAAGCCGUCGAGCUAGUAGCCUCAUUCCUAACUCAAGAUAUUGCGAGAGGGAAGACGGCGAUACUGAGCGGGGCGGGUGCGAGUGUAGAGAGUGGGAUAAGAUCGUACAGAGGAAAAGAAGGACACUACGAGUUACACAAAAAAUAUCGACCCAUAUUCUAUCACGAGUUCAUCGAAGACUCAGAUCAAGGACGUCUAUUCAGGCAGCGCUAUUGGGCGCGAUCAUUUUUUGGUUAUAUCCCCGUACAGAAUGCCAAACCAAAUAGAGUGCACUACAGCGUGGCUGCACUGCAGUACAUGAAUCUGGUCGACAAGCUAGUCACACAAAACGUAGACAGACUGCACCACCGAGCUACCCCCGAAUCACUCAAUCCAGAUUCACGAAUACUGGAGCUGCACGGCACACUGAACUUUGCAGUGGUGCCGAGCCACCCGAACCACCCAAAAAAGCUGCGUUCAGAUCUUCAAGCUGAACUCGCCGCUCUCAAUCCUAGUUGGGCGGAGUUUGCGGACUCGCAGGCAAAGUUGAAGCAAAAUCCAGAUGGCGAUGUCGAACUUCCUAGUGGAUUGACAUACGAAACAUUCAAAGUACCUCCUCCUGACGGAUUAGAAGGCGACCGCAGCGCUUUUUACAAACCAGAUGUCGUUUUCUUCGGUGAGACACUCAGUCCGCAUCAGAAAGAAGAAAGUAUAAAGGCCAUUGAAGACGCGGAUAGGGUGUUGGUUGUUGGCAGCUCCUUAGCUACAUACUCUGCUUUCAGACUAAUCAAGCAGGCUAUAGAGAGCAAGAAACAGGUCCUUAUGUUGAACGUCGGACCUUCUCGUGCAGAUGAUUACGAUAUUACAAAGAUAGAGUUGCCCGCUGCAGACGUCCUUCAAGGUGCUGUUAAAUUGCUUGCAUCGAAACUGCCACACGAUGACAUGCUCAGCAAGCUUUCUAGCAGCGGCGUGAAUAUCUCCAUCGAGGACAUAGGGCCUAUGCCAGAUCCCGAGGCUACAGAAGCCAAAUAA